AUGGAUCUAGCUACCCUGUUACUAGCCUUGCUCUUCAUUGCAGGCCUCAUAAACAUCUUCUUUCACAUACCCACCAACAAGAUUACCAAGUGCCUUCAAAUUUUCCUCCCCAAUAACAAUGGUUGCAAAACCAAAACCACCCUCGUUCCUUCACCAGCGACCAAGGUGGAGCACGGUUCUUCCAGGAAGAAGGAAGAGCUUGGAAGGGUGUUUUCCACUUUCGACAAAAACGGUGACGGGUUCGUAACGAAGCAGGAGCUGAAGGAGUCCCUGAGGAACAUCGGAAUCUUCAUGACAGACAAUGAGGUGGAUGAUAUUGUUGUGAAGUACGAUUCCAAUGGGGAUGGUUUGAUAGACUUUGAAGAGUUUUGCUUGUUGACAAGUGAGUGUAUGGGAGAAAACAAGGAAGGACAAGAAGAAGAAGAAGAAGAAGAAGAAGAGGUUAAUCUAAAACAGGCUUUUGAUGUGUUUGACAAGGAUAAUGAUGGGCUUAUUUCGGUGGAGGAGCUAGCUUUGGUGCUUAAUUCGUUGGGGUUAAGGGAAGGGAGAAAGAUUGAAGAGUGCGAAGAGAUGAUUAAGAAGGUUGACAUGGAUGGAGAUGGUAUGGUCAAUUUCAGCGAGUUCAAGAGAAUGAUGAUGAAGGGAGGAAAACUUUCUGUGUUUAACUCAUAA